AGAUGGAAAACGAGAGGUACGAAGGACGAAGAUGUAAUAACGUGGUCCUGAAGAAAGGACCGUGGUCACCUCUCGAAGAUCAAAAGCUUCUUUCUUACAUUCAUCUACACGGCCAUGGUUCCUGGGCUUCUCUUCCUUCUAAAGCUGGUCUGAAGAGAUGUGGGAAAAGCUGCAGAUUAAGGUGGACUAAUUACUUGAGGCCUGAUAUUAAGAGAGGCAAAUUCAACUUACAAGAAGAAGACACCAUUAUUCAACUCCAUGCCCUUGUUGGCAACAGAUGGUCGGCCAUAGCAGCACACUUGCCAAAAAGGACUGGAAACGAAAUAAAGAAUCAUUGGAACACUAAUCUGAAAAAGAAAAUGAUUAAAAUGGGUCUUGACCCGGUGACCCAUAUGCCCAUUAACCACCGGCUCGGCUGUGCUCAACCAAAAGAUUUCGCCAAUCUUUGCCACAUGGCUCAGUGGGAGAGCGCUCGGCUCGAAGCCGAAGCCAGGCUCGUCCGCCGCCAGUUCACAGCUCUACCACCACCUCCACCGCCGCCGCCGUGUUUCGACGUACUCAAUGCAUGGGAAUGUGAAACGACCGGCGGGACACUUAACUGCUUUUUCGCCGGCGGCAGCAGCCUUCAGUCCCCGGCGCCGUUCCCAGCUUUCGGUGAAGAACUAGCCGUUGAGGACGUGGAUGAUGGCGGUGGGGCCAAGGGCAUAAUGGACAUUUCGGAGGAGCUCUACGGCGACGGCGUUACCCCUGGUGUUGUUGAUGAUUCCCUAGGGUUUCCGAGAUUUACGCCGGC